AGAAAAGAAGCGAGUGGUCAUAAAAGUCCAAGAAGUCUCUGUAAGUGAAACCUGGCCUCCACUUUUGUUUUUCCACUUCUACGGUAAGUGAAAGAGAGAGAGAGAGAGGAAAAAAAAGGGGAAAGCUUAAGAUAUUGGAGAGUAACAAUGCCUUCAAAUUCAGGAGAUGAUAAUGUUCUUCAAGUUCUCAUAAAGAACUUUGAUGUCCUUGCUCUCCCAUUGGUUACACUCGUCUAUCCUCUAUAUGCAUCAGUGAAAGCAAUAGAGACAAGAUCAUUACCAGAAGAUGAACAAUGGCUUACUUACUGGGUUCUUUACGCACUUAUCUCUCUCUUUGAACUCACUUUCUCCAAACCUCUCGAGUGGUUUCCUAUAUGGCCAUACAUGAAGUUGUUUGGGAUCUGUUGGUUAGUGUUACCACAAUUCAAUGGAGCAGAACAUAUCUACAAACAUUUCAUUAGACCAUUCUACAGAGAUCCUCAAAGAGCUACCACCAAAAUUUGGUAUGUUCCUCACAAGAAAUUCAAUUUCUUCCCUAAACGCGACGACGACGACAUUCUCACUGCUGCUGAAAAAUACAUGGAACAACACGGUACCGAAGCGUUUGAGCGAAUGAUCGUUAAGAAGGAUAGUUAUGAAAGAGGUAGGAGUAGUAGAGGAAUCAAUAAUCACAUGAUCUUUGAUGAUGACUAUAGGUACUAAUAAGUUCUUAAACCGGUUUAAUUAGCUACUUUCAGUUUAUAAGUUUGCUAUGUGACAAUAUAUUGUCUGUUUCUAUGGUUGUUAUAAUUUGCGUGGAUUAUGUAUAAGCCCUUAUUUAGGACUGCUUAUUUUUGUGAAAAAUCAAAUAAACAUUUUCUCUCCUUUGCGUGUGUAAGCAAACUUAAAGUCAAAAUUAGUGGGCCAAGC